AUGGCCUCAAAAAAUGAAUUCACGUAUCCCGAAACCAAUCUCACCUGGAGAAUCCUCAACCAUGCCAACAAGAACAAUUACGCUGUCGAAGCAUACAACUGCUACAACACCGACGGCGUAGUGGCCAUAAUCCGCGCCGCCGAACGCACCCACUCAGCAGCAAUCAUCCAGCUUUUCCCGUGGACUAUGCAUUUUCAAGGCCCUGAAUUCAUCCGCUACGUGGUACGAAGCGCCCACGCUGCGCUUGUUCCAGUAGCCGUGCAUCUAGAUCACUGUAUUAAGACCGAGGAUGUUGAAUUGGCGCUGACUCUGCCGUUUGAUUCGAUUAUGGUGGAUGCGUCGACGCUUGAUGAGGAAGCUAAUAUCGAUUACUGCAAGCGGAUCGUGGAGCGUGCGCGCGCCUUGAAUAUCACUAUCGAAGCUGAGAUGGGGCGCAUCGAGGGCGGCGAGGACGGGUUGCCGACGGUGGAUAUGGAGGCCGUCAUGACGAGGGAGGACCAGGCGAAGGAGUUCGUCAGGCGCACGGGGGUUCAUUUUUUGGCGCCUUCGUUUGGAAAUAUCCAUGGAGGGUAUCCGGACGGUGGGGCGGAGAAGGCGUGGGAUUUAACGAAACUUGCGGCUAUCGGGAAGUCACUAUCCUCGACCACGCCGUUGGUUCUUCAUGGGACGCAUCCUGUCUCGGAUGAGCUAUUCCUGAAGACCAUUCAGUUCAGUGUUCGCAAGAUCAACCUGAACAGGACCGUGCGAGAUGAAUACACGAAAUUUGUUGCUGAAAAUGCGGGCCUCUUGGAGUUGACCGUGCUCAAGGUCCAAGCCGUGGAGAUUUAUGCGAAAUCAAUUGCAAGGAUGAUGGAUGUCCUUGGGUCGUCAGGGCGUUAUUAACAGACAACAAAAUACAUCAAAGAGCACACCAUCGGGUCUUCUGUAUGGUAUCUAUUUUUCCAUCCUCGUUUUCUUCGCUACGGGCCAAGAUAGGUCUUAUACUUCCAAAUGACGACAACAUCACGGCACGAUGGCCACACAACCACGUCACAGGCCGAAUUGAAUGAAUCAAAAUGACAUAUGGCACGCAUUCUCCCUGAAAAUUCUUCUUUCUCCUCUUUCCCAUCAUCCUCUCAACACCAUCGAGAAAAUUCUAUCUAGCAUCAACAUUCAACAUGUCUUCGUUGAUAUCCAUCUCUC